UCUUUACUGUAAGUUUACGCAAGGGGCUCUAAGUCAGGGCUCCUACAGCUUUCAAACCAGGGAUAAACGAUUUUUUCUCCGGAUAAUACCACCUGCCUCAGAGGUCUCUGUGUACAGGGAGUCGAGCAUAUGCUUUGCAUGCAGGUCCUACUGUGGUUGCGACAUCAAUCAAUUUCUCGUCUGAACGCCUGUUACUCCCCCGCAUUCUGCUCUGACACUGCUUUCUGGCAAAACUCGCUGCCGCAUUGGGAGGUUGCCUGUUCGCACCCCAAAACAACACUACCCGAUUCAUUCGCAUACCACAACCGGGCUAUGUGCCACUGUUGCCAAUUUUAUAGUCUAUUCUUGUUCAAUUGCUUCUGUUUUUACACAGAACGGCACAAUGUCGAAUUAGCAAUAACGAGGUUGUGUAUAUUUACUUUCUUCUCGCCGUUGUCCAAGCAAGUUUACCCUCGUCUCCGCUCAGUGUGUUAUGAUCAAAACGAAUAUUCGCCACCGAAAAUCUCAACGUUUCGUACUUGCGACUCGUUGCAACCCCCGCAGAUACACGAUUCACUAUUAACCGUUCGAGCGUGA